CAGGCAGCAGCUCAUCAGAUUCAACAAGAGUAGUAGUGGUUACACCUCGCACCUCGUCUAUUCCCACAGACACAUCACACAGACACACCAGCCAGACGUCGACUGCACAUCAUGCUCAGACGUAUCCCCACCUCGGCACUGAAGGCUCCCGGCCGACGAUCACUCGUCUCGCUCACCUCGACCGCCCGACCCACCGUCAACCCGAACUCUACCACCCAACAGAAUGCCUCGACCACCUCGCCGUCAUUGUCGGCCUCGGCGAAGAUGUUCGAGUUUGACGUCAAGUCGGUCGCGGGAGAGAUGAGGAAGCGAGGGUUGACUAGCGCUGCGACCAGGGAUGCUGGUAUGGACAGGGACACCAUCGUCCGUCUCCUCUACUCUCUAGGAUCUCGUCACGAAGUCGAAAGAUACCUCCGAAUCUUCAGCUCGUCUUCUUCCUCCUCUGCAUCCGCUCAGGGAGGAAAGUCGAAUGGCGUCUUGCCCGAGGCCAAGUUUGCCGUCCUGAAGAUCGGCGGUGCCAUCCUCUCCAACGAGUUGGACGACCUCGCCCUCUCGCUCUCCUUCUUGAACAGGCUCGGACUCUACCCUGUCGUCCUGCACGGUGCUGGCCCGCAGUUGAACGAGAUUCUGGAAAAGGAGGGUGUGGUCCCUGAUUACGAGGAUGGAAUUAGGAUCACCGACCCCAAGACCCUGCAGAUCGCCAGGCGCGUCUUUUUGCAAGAAAACCUCAAGCUCACUUCGGCUCUCGAACGUCUCGGAACACGGGCCCGACCGAUCCCUACCGGCGUCUUUGGCGCGACCUACCUGGACAAGGCCAAGUACGGGCUCGUCGGCAAGAUCACCUCGGUCGACAAGGCUCCCAUCGAGGCUGCCAUCAGGGCCGGAUGUCUCCCAAUCUUGACCUCGCUGGCCGAGAACGAGGAGGGUCAGCUGUUGAACGUCAAUGCCGACGUCGCCGCUGGAGAGUUGGCCAGGGUUUUGGAGCCCAUGAAGAUCGUCUACCUGAACGAAAAGGGUGGGCUCUUCCACGGUGUUACCGGUCAAAAGUUGAGCACGAUCAACCUGGACGAGGAGUACGACGGCUUGAUGAAGGAAUCGUGGGUCAAGUACGGGACCAAGCUCAAGCUCAGGGAGAUCAAGGAGCUCUUGGACACCCUCCCCCGAACCUCGUCGGUCGCCAUCAUCGCCACCGACAUGCUCCAAAAGGAACUCUUCACCGACGCCGGUGCGGGUACCUUGAUCCGACGUGGACACAAGCUCUACAAGAAGCCCGCUGAAGAGGCCAUGUCGGCUACCUCGCUCCGACAGGUAUUCGAGGAGCGCGACCCGGACGUCCGAUCGGGCAAGACGAGCGUCGCCGAGAUCUUCAACAAGUUCAAGUCGGGACCCAACACGGUCUAUGGUGACGAGCCUUUCGACUGCGUCGCCGUCGUCUCUCACCCCGAGGGCGAGACCCCGGUCAUGACCAAAUUCUUGCCCUCGCGCAACGGGAUCCUGAACAAGGUCGUCGACAACGUUUUCGACGCGGUCAAGAAGGACCACAAGCGAUUGUUCUGGACGGCCAAGUCGGACGACGAGAACAGGGCUUGGCACUUUGAGCGAGCCGACGGUUCGUUUACCCGAGCGGGAAGGAGCCUGUUCUGGUACGGCGUCCAGGACGUCAAGGAGGUCGAGAACAUUAUUCAAGGGUUCGAGCAGACGGGCAGGAUCGAGAGGGUCUUUUUGCCCGUCGGACCCUCGGUCCCGCCUCACCGUCAACAGACCCGGGCGUACUCUACCUCGGCCACCGCCCGAUCGUUUUUUCAGGUAGGGCUCGGUAAUGCUCGACGCGGUUAUGCCACCGCCGCCGUCUCUACCGAGCCCAAACGGGUCGCCUUGAUCGGCGCUCGCGGAUACACUGGGCAAAACCUCGUCUCCCUCAUCAACUCUCACCCUCACCUCCAACUCUCUCACGUCUCGUCCCGUCAACUCGCCGGGCUUCCUCUCCCGGAAUAUACCAAGGACAAGGUCACGUACUCGAACCUCUCGCCCGAACAGGUGGGCAAGAUGGCCGAGAACAACGAGGUCGACGCCUGGGUCAUGGCACUGCCGAACGGGGUCUGCAAGCCGUUUGUCGAUGCGAUCGAUGCUGCCGUGCCCAAGGGCGGGAGGAGCGUCAUUGUCGACCUGAGCGCCGAUUAUCGGUUCGAAGCGGGUUGGAAUUAUGGGUUGCCUGAAUUGUAUGACCGUUCGGUGACCCGAUCGGCUACCCGAAUCUCCAACCCCGGAUGUUACGCUACCAACACGCAGAUGCUCUUGGCUCCUCUUCUGCCACUGAUCGACGUCAAGAACCCGCCUACCAUCUUCGGAAUCAGCGGGUACUCGGGCGCUGGCACCAAGACCGGCUCCAACGAUGAGCACGGCCGACCGCAAACUGUGCCCAAGAUCACUGGCGAGGACCUCCGAGGAGGUGUCCGACCUUAUGCGCUGACCGACCACAUUCACGAGCGAGAGUCGGGCUACCAGCUCUCCAACCUCAUGUCUUCGACUUCGGAACCUCUAAAACUCUCCUUUGUGCCCAACGUCGCCCCUUGGUUCUCGGGGAUCAUCUCGGUAUUGAACGCUCCCUUGAAGAAAGAGGUACGAGCGGACGAUAUCUGGAAGCUCUACGAGGACAAGUAUGGGAACGAACCUCUGGUCCACAUCACCAAGGGCGUGCCCGACGUCAUGGACGCUGCUGGCAAGCACGGAUGGAGGAUGGGUGGUGUUCAAGUGCACAGCAGCUUGAAGCGAGUGGUCGUCGUCGGUGCCUUGGACAACCUGCUCAAGGGAGCUGCGACUCAGUGCAUGCAAAACUUGAACUUGGCGCUCGGUUACGAAGAAUUGGCGGGUAUCCCGAAAGACUCUCUAUAGAUAGUAGAUCCAUGACGAAUGCCUUGUCAACCGAAACAUUUGAAUUGUGCAGCAUUGGGAAGUUUUAAGACAAGGCAGACGAGGAGUCGAGAUGAAUGAGAGCGAAAGAGGGCACAAUCGAGGUUGAUCACUGUUUAUGGUCUAUUGUUUUGAGG